UGCUGGCACUUUUUCUCAUUACUGGUACUCUGCUAUUUCCUCCCACGAUGCCUGAACCGGCUAAGUCUGCUCCAGCCCCGAAGAAGGGCUCCAAGAAGGCGGUGACCAAGGCGCAGAAGAAGGACGGCAAGAAGCGCAAGCGCAGCCGCAAGGAGAGCUACUCCGUCUACGUCUACAAGGUGCUGAAGCAGGUUCACCCCGACACCGGAAUCUCCUCCAAGGCCAUGGGCAUCAUGAACUCUUUCGUCAACGACAUUUUCGAGCGUAUCGCUGGUGAGGCGUCUCGCUUGGCGCAUUACAACAAGCGCUCGACCAUCACGUCCAGGGAGAUUCAGACAGCCGUGCGCCUGCUGCUGCCCGGGGAGCUAGCCAAGCACGCUGUGUCCGAGGGCACCAAGGCCGUCACCAAGUACACCAGUGCCAAGUAAAUUUACCAAGCAAUUGCUUUUGCCCCGAAGCCCAAAGGCUCUUUUAAGAGCCACUUACGUUGUCAAUAUUAGAGCUGUAAAUACAGGGACAGUGUCUCGGCUUAAACUCAGGCGAUCUCCCUAAGGUGGUUGUGAGGAUUCCCCUCCAACUUUGUGACAAAGCUUCCUGUCUCUGGCGCGACAACGGUUGCGUGAGAUGGGCGUGGCUUUCUGUUUUUCUGUUCACAGCUUAUUUUGCCGCUUUCUUCCUCACCCCCAUCAAGGUUCUACUCUGCUUUUAAGUGGAUUUGGCUUCCAAUGGCCUUCCAAAACGCAGCUCUUUAGUUGUCUCUGAAGUGCGAUAUGAUCAGAAGUAGAAGAAUGGGGGAAAGGGGUUAAGAUGUUUGAUUUCUGCCUUUCGUACAGCUCCCAAACCCUGCCCCUCCUUCCCCUCCCCCCACUUCCACUUUUCAGUCUAUUUGGUGCUCAGACAAUGCCCGACCACAACCUGGGAUACAGUCCGCAAAGGAAAGAUGAGAAGCAUAACUCUGCCUAUGAAUAAAAUCGAAUACGAGAGAUUACAAGAUAGGAUAGAACUUGUAUGACCAGUUUGCUAGUUUUUAAGACAACAUUUUCAAGGUUCACUGAUUUCUUCAUUCAACAAAGAAAGCUUUUAGAGCUUUCAGAGAGAAAAACUUAAGCGACCAGACAGCAAAAAGAUUUGAGAACAAGGCAAGGCCGCCCCUGAAGCAGAAGGCCACCUCGAAAGGGGAGAGAAUAGUGCCCCGGGUCCAGGGUUUGAGCACAAAUUAGGUGGGGUAGUUUUAUAGUGUGAAAGGAGGCUAAAAGUGAUUCUUGCUCUUUUAUGCAAGUAAUCAGCAACGUGAAGACUGGGGUCAAUUUUAAAUUAGGAUGGAAACUGUUAAAUUUGUGAUUUAGAAGUAAAGAUCAGUUUUGUAAGAAAAUGAGUUUACCCUCAUUCAUUAAUUUAACAUAUAUUUUUUUAACGCACUGUUUUAGUCUCCAGGGAUACAGCGAGUGAUCUUAUGUAAGUAAUUGUCUGCCUUCCUGGAAGUGUAUUUGGAGACAGCAAGAUCAAAUUCGAAAAUUACACACGUGCAAAGCGUAUGUUCACCGUUCAUCUAGGUUUUAUUUUACCAGCAAUUUAUGGAUUACAUUAAUAUUCUAAGAAAUGUAUCAAUAAAUAAUUGUGAACAUUUAUUAAGUAGGCCCCUGGGUGGGACAAUUUGCACUUGGUUAGUAAUCAAAAGGUGGGCGGUUAGUCCACCCAGUGGCGCUGGGGAAGAAAAGCCUGGUGAUCUUCCAUAAGAUCUCAGCCAUUGCAAACCCUAUGGAAUGCAAUUCAACUCUGAAACACUUGGGGUCACCAUGAGUAGAAAUUGACUAGGACAACAGGUUUGGUGAAGUCCGCGUUCAGGUAUACCCUGGCUACUCCAGUAAGAUUAACAUUUCACUGUGCAGUUAUAACGGUUUGGUGUUGUCAUUAUUUCCAGCUUUAAACCAUUUUUGCAAAUGGAUAUCUUGAUUUUACAAAAAUUUACUUCCAGACUCUUUUUGUCUUCCAAAAUUCUGCAAGUACAUUGUGUUUUAAUAGAAAUAUCAGGUGGAAGUGGCCAUGACUUUCUCCUGCUUUUACUAUCACCCCUUUUCUCACUCCUUCCACACAGAUCUCAUCUUGCUUUUCCAGAUAGCUCAAAAUUUAACAGGUAGAAGGAAUCACAAAGUUUAAAUCAAUGUUCUUCUUUUACACAUAGGAAGCAAAGAGUGUAAAUAAUUUGCUCAAAUUACUGGAGGCAAAAUAAGAUUCAAAUUCUUACUAAUAUGCCAUUCUUUUUUUUUCAUUAUACCGUAUACCUGUUUGUCAUUUAUUUCCUGUCUAGCCAUAUAAAUUUGGGCUCAAUUUGGAACAAAAAUAAGGCUUUUUUAAACUUAGAAUUUAUUUUCUGUUUUAAAGUUAUUAAAAAGUUGAAUGUGUUGAAUUUCUAUAUGUACUGUAUGCUAAAAUAAUUCAUCUCCUAAUGGGUAGUUCAUGCUGUAAAACAAUUGCUGUGUAAUACUGAACCACAGGAAUCCAGUUUGGCAAUGGUUGCAGCCUCCUGAAUAACACUUAAACAGGACAGUAUCACCUAGUUAGUAUUGCAGGAAAAAUGCCUUAUUUCUCCCUUUCCCUCUCUCCUUGUUCUAAAUUCUUGUAUUAUAAUCUGUCAUGCCCUUUAAUCCAAUAAAGAAAUACCAAUAAUCCCUUGGAUAAAAGCAUAGACAAAGGGGGUGGGGUGGGGUAGAGAAGAGGAACAACAGUUCUUUUUAAAUAGGUUUCUGCUGGUUUGUAAUCCAGUUGGCAAUGGUUAGUUCUCUUAAAUGAUCUGUGAUUAUGUGUAUUUUUAGCAGUCAUUACCCAUAAUUAUUGAAAAAUAGCUGUAGUUGUAAGUUAAAAAAAACAAAAAAACCCACUGCCGUCGAGUCCAUUCCGACUCAUUGCGACCCUAUAGGACAGAGUAGAACUGCCCCGUAGAGUUUCCAAGGAGCGCCUGGCAGAUUUGAACUGCCGACCUUUUGCUUAGCAGCCAUAGCACUCAGCCACUACACCAACAGUGUUCCCGGCAAGCUAAACAAUCUACCCUAAAUUGCAUCUUGGGGCACUUACACUUGAAUCUAGGACCAUGAGCUCUAUCAACACUGGGAAAAAUCUCAAUGAUUUAAUUUACACCCCUUGUACCUCCGUUGGAAACCCUGGUGGCAUAGUGGUUAAGAGCUACAGCUCCUAAUCAAAUGGUCGGCAGUUCGGGUCCCCCAGGCACUCCUUGGAAAACCUACAGGACAGUUCUCCUCUGUUCUGUAGGGUCACUAUGAGUCGGAAUC